AUGGCGGAAGAAGCGGUUCUCGGUUACUUGGAAAACAACGACCAGAUUAUAGAUUCCGGUGAAUUUGCAUCCCAACGCGGCAUUGACCACAAUGAAAUCGUCAACACCAUCAAGAGUCUCCAUGGUUUCAGAUAUGUUGAUGCUGAGGAUAUUAAGAGGGAGACAUGGGUUUUAACCGAUGAAGGGAACACUUACACUACUAUGGGAUCCCCUGAAGCUCAACUCAUUUUGGCUAUUCCGCCUCAAGGUAUCUCCAGAGAACAACUUCAGAAAAUGUUAGGCCCUUCAGUUUUCAAGAUUGGUUGUGCUCAGGCUGCUAAGAAUAAAUGGGUUGAGAUGGGGAAACACCUUAUAUCUAAGAAGGUACAACAUGUGGAAGACAGAGUCAAAAACUUGCUUCUUCUAAUACAACAGGGUCAGGGCAUUGGUCCAGAUGAUAUCAAAGCACUCAAAGCAAGAAAGCUUAUUGUGCCACAGACAUGGAAGUGUUACUCAGUGAAAAAGGGUCCUAACUUUGCUCCAAAAAGGAAGAAGGUUGUCACUGAUUUAACUCGAGAUAAUUUUCAGAGUGGUGAGUGGAAGGAAAUAGAAUUCAAAGAGUACAAUUACAGUGCUAAAGGCCAACCUCUUGAAGGUGGCAGUCUUCAUCCACUGUUAAAGGUACGGUGUCAAAUAAAGCAGAUCUUCCACUGUAUGGGGUUUGAGGAGAUGCCCACAAAUAAUUAUGUUGAGAGCAGCUUCUGGAACUUUGAUUCCUUGUUCCAGCCUCAACAACAUCCCGCCCGUGAUUCUCAUGACACAUUCUUUUUGGAAGCUCCUUCAACAACAAAGAAACUUCCUGAAGAUUAUGUUCAGAGAGUAAAGAAAGUUCAUGAAUUUGGUGGUUAUGAGUCUAGAGGAUAUACAUAUGACUGGAAAAGAGAGGAAGCAAAUAAAAACCUUCUGCGGACCCACACAACUGCUGUUUCUUCCAGGAUGCUUUACCAGCUAGCACAAAAACCAUUUGUUCCGAAAAAAUAUUUUUCCAUAGAUCGUGUCUUCCGGAAUGAAGCGGUGGACCGAACACAUCUUGCCGAGUUCCACCAGAUAGAAGGCCUUGUAUGCGAUCGAGGACUCACUCUCUGUGACUUAAUAGGUGUUCUACAUGAUUUCUUCUCACGCUUAGGCAUGACCAAGCUGAAAUUCAAACCUGCUUACAAUCCUUACACAGAACCUAGCAUGGAGAUUUUCAGUUAUCACGAAGGCUUUAAAAAAUGGGUAGAGGUAGGAAACUCUGGCAUGUUCAGACCUGAAAUGUUGCGGCCGAUGGGACUUCCUGAGGAUGUCCAAGUUAUUGCAUGGGGCCUUUCUCUUGAAAGGCCAACAAUGAUAAUGUAUGGAAUAGAUAACAUCAGGGAUCUCUUUGGACACAAGGUGGAUCUUGGCCUCAUAAAGAAAAACUCAAUAUGUCGACUUGGAAUUGAAGUGAAGUGA